AUGAAGAAAUUUGAUAAAAAUUAUAGCGGAUUUGUUGAAUUUAAUAUACGCUGUAAGCACAUAGUUAAAAGAUUUUUCAUUGAAGCUUUAGCAACAUUUAAGAAAUGUCACAUCUCGCCCAAAUCAGCGGGGUUCCUACGUUUUACUAAGAUUUUCAACAUUACUGUUUUAUUAUGGAUAUUAUACUACUUCAGCAGUAGAAAUUUAUUGCCUGCACCAUUUAAUUUAUACUCUUAUACACUUUUUGAUUUCGUGUUUCAAUAUUUUCAGUCCAUUGCCACUGUUGAAAUAUGGGGUACAAAGGAAAAUGACAGCUCUGAAUGGCUCAUUUUGAGGUCUAGUAGAUUGUUAAGUAACGAUGAAAUUGUAAGUAACGAGAAUCAUGGAUACUCUAGAAAAAAUAUUGCGGAUUUGUUAGAGUUAGACGAAAAGAGCAUUGAAGAACAGUAUGAAUCAUUAAUAUCCGAAGGUUUCAACCAGAAUAGCAUUAAAUGGAAAAUAUUUGGCAAGCACACACCUCGAGUAGUUAGAAUUGCGAACCAAAUAAAUAAAACGAUUGAUAUGGAAUUAAUCCGUGCAUUAAAAUCAGAUUCUUGUUAUGAGGGAAUUGAGGUGAUUUCUCUAAAAGAAUCAAAGAAUGGGCGGAUAAAAUCGUUCUUUCGUAAGUAUAAAAUAUUUGUUCCUCACGUCCUUCUUUUUUUGGGAGCAAUUGUGGCUGCAUCGUUGAAAGAACCCUUUUCUGCUGUUUUGUUAGUCAUUUUGCUGUUCAUAUUAAUAAUAUUCUUUUUCGUAAAAAUACGGAAAUGCACCUAUAUUAUGGAGAUGAACAGGAAAUCAAGGAACAGAUAUAUUGGUUUGGACUAUUAG